AGGUGGGAGCCCCGAACCGUGUAGCCGUAGCUUUCAGCGGCCAGUCGAGACUUAGCCUGCGAGUCAGACGCAUCCCCGGACGACGAACGAACCUGAGCACUUGCCCCGUAUCCCCCGUUUUUUUCUCUCGUGAACGAGUAGCGAAACAACACCGGCAACAUGGACGCGAUCAAGAAGAAGAUGCAGGGAAUGAAGCUGGAGAAGGACAACGCGAUGGAUCGCGCGUUGCUCUGCGAACAGCAGGCUCGCGACGCGAACGCGAGGGCCGAAAAGGCUGAGGAAGAGGCGCGUGCUCUCCAAAAGAAGAUCCAGACCAUUGAAAAUGAACUCGAUCAGACCCAAGAAGCCCUCAUGCAGGUCAAUGCUAAAUUGGAGGAAAAGGACAAGGCUCUGCAGAAUGCUGAGGAAGAGGCGCGUGCUCUCCAAAAGAAGAUCCAGACCAUUGAAAAUGAACUCGAUCAGACCCAAGAAGCCCUCAUGCAGGUCAAUGCUAAAUUGGAGGAAAAGGACAAGGCUCUGCAGAAUAAAGAAGUUCAUGUUCAGAUAACCAUCAAUCAUCAAUUGUCUGUGGAUAUCGAUAAGAUAGACAAUCUUUCAAGAUGCCUCGUUUUAACACCAUUGAAAUCGGAUGAGCAAUCUUCAUUUUAUUUUUCCUAG